AUGGAGGGACAUCUUGGAGAAAUGUCCAUCCACAGCCAUGCUGAGCUCGCACACACGCAGGAUGGGAGAGCGAUGCUGCAUUCCCGUGACCUCUCCACUGCUUUCCCAAGGCCCUCGUUGGGGGGUUCCACCAUGACCCUGGAGUCCCCCGAACAUCGGCCCCUCGGGCUGGACCAUUCCCUGUCUGCGCUUGGCUAUGGGGGGGACUCGCCAGGGAGUUGUGGGAGCACAUACACCACACUGACACCCCUGCAGCCUCUGGAGGACAGAUUUCACCAUCACCACCAUCACCAUCAUCAUCCUUGUUUGCCAGUCAGCAAUGUUAUCGGGAGCUUCACACUCAUGCGCGAGGACAGGGGCCUUGGGGGCAACUUCUAUAACCCUUACACCAAAGAUAUGGGAAUGCCACAGGGUCUCUCUCCGCCGUCAGUGGGCUCUGGGCUUGGGACAGCCAUGCACAGCUAUGGCAGCCUGGGCAGUAGCCCUAAUGGUGCAGAGGGGCAGAUGCUUCCAGGUGGUUAUGAGGUCCACCUCGGCAGCGGCAGCGGCAACAUCUUCUGCAGGACAGCAGAUUUCGGACGAGAAAUUUCGCCCCCAGAGGGGGGUGAUUUGGGACCUGGUCAUCAGUUAAAUAAGAUGGAGCUGCCCCAGCACGGACACAGUCAUAGUCACCACCCUCAUGGCUACAGUCACCAUUAUCAACCCCACCACUCAAGCCAGCACUCCUCCAAAGUCGGGGAGCUCCAUUCCAGCUUUUCUCCCAACGAUAACGUGCUGCCCAGCUCCCAGAGCAGCGGAGGGGGAGGAGAGGAAAUAAACACAAAAGAAGUGGCACAGAAGAUCAUCACAGAGCUGAAGAGGUACAGCAUCCCACAGGCCAUCUUUGCGGAGAGGGUGCUGUGCAGGUCGCAGGGCACUCUCUCUGAUCUUCUGCGGAAUCCCAAACCGUGGGGGAAACUGAAGUCGGGCCGUGAGACCUUCAAGAGGAUGUCCAGAUGGCUUCAGGAGCCAGAGUUCCAAAGGAUGGCGUCACUGAGAUUAGAAGCUUGCAAACGGAAGGAGCAGGAGCAAAACAAACUUGAGCGUAACCAGGGCCCCAAGCGAACACGACUUGUGUUCACGGACCUGCAGCGGCGCACCCUCAUGGCCAUCUUCAGGGAGAACCAGCGUCCGCCCAAGGACCUGCAGAUCACCAUCUCCCAGCAGCUGGGCCUGGAGCUCUCCACCGUCAGCAACUUCUUCAUGAACGCCCGCCGACGCAACCUGAACCGAUGGGCUGACGAGGGUCGCCCCUCCUCCACCGGCUCCUCUGGCUCCAACGUCUCCUCCUCUGCUGUGUCCUGCAGCACGGCCUGA